CCGACAGAUGUCAGCGCGUCAUCGAGACGCAUUUCCUGUGGGAUCCCGCUUGGCUUCUGGAUGAGACCGUCGUUCAUCUCGCUGCUGCCUGCGAUCUGCACCUCCCGCACAAUGUCUACUGCCAGAUACACCUAUUACCACCACCCCACCUGCUCCAAAGCAGCGGGAUGUUCAUCGUAUCUGCAGAAAACCAUUCCCGGUCGGUUUGUCCUGAUCAACUAUGUGGAAACCCCCGUCGAUCGCCAGACCCUCAGAGCCGUCCUUUCGCAGAUGGACAUUGACGAUCUCCGUCUUGCGAUCCGUACCGAGAACCUCGCUCCCGAAGCCAAACUGCAGGUUGAGAACGCCACCCUGGAUUCCGUCGAUGCUUUCUUGGCGCUUCUGGAUGAAGAUCCUGCUCGCCUCCAACGGCCGAUCGUCGUUGAUCACGAACUCAAGAAGGCCGUCGUGGGCAGACCUCUCGACCGAAUCGUGUCCCUUAUCGAAGGGCACAAGUGAGGUGCAACUGGGAUGGAAUGUCCCUGAUCAAGUGCUCGCUGCCCAUUUGUCGGUGCGGCUCAUCGAGGGCCGUUAUUGAGCGUGCGAGGGAGGCCCUUUCUGACGUUUAGCAGUCAAUCCAAUAAAAAACGGGACACCCAUGAUUUUGACGAUUGAUUAAAUAUUUUGCUACCCAAUACAAUCGCGCGCUGGCC